AUGGCUAUGGAGAAUGAUAAUACUGUUGUUUCUGAGAGUUACAGCAGGUAUAUGAUUGUUAGGCCUGAAAAUGGUGGGAUUUUCGACCUCUUACGGUUCUGGGUAUCGGCAGACAAAAGGGGCGCUGCUAAGUUUAUCGAAAGCUCUGACUAUGGCGUCCUUGCGGAGGAGCUGGGUGGUGGUGAUGUGACGGCGCCUGACCAUCGAUGGGUGAUAUUCGUGUCUAUAAUAGUGAGGAAAAUCUUAUCCCUUUCUGGGAAGCCCAUGAAAUGGAUUGGCUACUUGAUCGAGUUUGUUCUUAAUCUUUUCUCCCUCAAUGGCAACCUCCUCGGUUUACUCUGCAACCUUCUCCAUGGAAAGGUAGUGAUGCCACAAAGAGGAUCUGAGACUUUUAUAAGCUUAAUAGGGCAUAUAGAUGGGCGAAUAGAUCUAUCUAGGACCGGUUCAGAGGAAGACACUGAUGAAACUUCUUUUGGGGAGAGAAGCAUGAAAGCAGAAAUUGGAAAUUGGCCUCUUAUGGACCUCUGUAUGAUGGCUGCCAAAUUAUCCUACGAGAAUGCCAAAGUCGUAGAAAAUGUUGUAAAUCAUCACUGGAAGGCAUGUCCUUUUUAUCAUUGCUCUAUGCAUUUUGUGGAGUUCUACAACUGCUGGAACGGUACGAAAAUCUUGCAUGCAUGUGUUUAA